ACUUUCUCUAUCAGCCAGAUCCAGUGCUCUCUCUCUCUAAUGGCUGCCGCGAUUUACAGGCACUGAUGAGAGAGACGAGCCGGAAACUUGUUCCGGCCAAAAUUUCCGGCCAAAAAGCGAACCCAUCACAAGCCUUAGAUCUUCAAGAGACCAAGAGAACCCAUGGCCGGAAAAAGCUAAAGGGCGCCUUUACAGGCCAAAGGUUACGGCUAAGAAGUGAUUUUCCGGUGGCCGGAAAACGAACUAGUCCGGCGACCCCAUUGCUGAGAUGGAAACUGGAAGAUGGGCUUGGCCACAGUGGGGCUUUGCCGGAUUCUGGAGAGGCUAAUGGAGAAAAGCUGCAGAGCAACAAUGGGGGGGGAAGCAAACUGGGAAGUGGGGUUUCGGCUAGGCAGCUUGCUGCUGGGUUAUGGAGGCUUAAAUCACCGGAAAAUGAGGCUUCUUGCAAGUUUUUCCGGCAAAUGGCCUCCCCACGCUUUGAUUGUAGCCAUUCUCAGAGGCGAAGUGUUCAGCCUUUGAUGGCUAGCGGGGCGGGCUCGUGUCUGUCGAAGCAUGAUGCUUCAAAGUGUGCCAUUGAUUUGAAGGAUGAUUUGCAGAGCCAUCUUUCAUUCCCCCUUCUCUCUAAUGGUGUUUGCUAUAAGCUCGAACCAGCUAUCACAUACUCCAACUCUGCCAUGGAGAGGGCAACAAAAUGGGACCAUGAAUGCCCCAAAACUUCAGAUGAAGUGUAUAGAUUCUACACAAAUCUGAACUUUAUGGAAGAUCAUAGGGAUACUCCCAUUUCGGCCUUAUCCACUUUGCAAUUGGAGCUAGAACAUGCUCGUACUCGCAUACACGAGCUAGAGACUGAAUGCCAAUCCUCAAAGAAGAAAUUUGAUCAUUUCCUCAAGAAACUCACAGAGGAGAGGGCCUCAUGGCGUCGAAGAGAGCACGAGAAGAUAAGGGCGGUUAUAGAUUCUGCUAAGGAUGAGUUUAGCCGAGAGAAAAAACAAAGGCAACGGAUGGAAAUUGUGAACACCAAGCUCUUGACUGAGCUCUCAGAGGUGAAGUUAUCGGCAAAAAAGUUUAUGCAAGACUAUGAGAAGGAGAGAAAGGCUCGUGAACUAAUGGAAGAGGUUUGUGAUGAAUUGGCAAAAGAGAUUGGCGAAGACAAAGCUGAAGUAGAGGCUCUUAAGAGGGAGUCUAUGAAGAUUAGGGAAGAAGUGGAGGAAGAAAGGAAGAUGUUACAGAUGGCUGAGGUUUGGCGUGAGGAGAGGGUCCAAAUGAAGUUGGUUGACGCCAAGUUGGUCUUAGAGGAAAAAUACUCCCAACUGAACAAACUCCAGUCAGAUUUAGAGGCAUUUCUGAGCUUCAAGAGCACUGGUAGUUUAGCUGUGGUACGAGAAGCCGAGCUCCUCAAAGAUGCUGCUAGCUCUGUGAACAUUCAAGACAUAAAGGAAUUCUCUUAUCAACCCCCCACUUCUGAUGAUCUAAUCUCCGCUUUGGAAGACCUCCACUCUGGUUCUGGUAAUGAGAAAGACAUUGAGGCAUGCUUAGGGUUUGAACCCACUAUGGGUAUUUAUAGUCCUGCAAGCCGAACAUCGAAAGUUCAUACUGUGAGCCCUGAAAACAAUGCCAAAAAUCAAAGGGAGGAAGAUGAAAAUAGCGGGUGGGAAUCAGUUAGUCAUGUAGAUGAGGAGCAAGGAUCAAGUAACUCAUUGGAGGGGAGUGACCCAUCUGUUAAUGGUUGCCAUGAAGAGACCAGUGUGUCAGGUAGUGGAACUGAGUGGGAAGAGAAUGGAGAUAUGGAUAUGGCAGUUACUUAUUCUUUGACAAGAGGACAAUCUAGAAAGAAGCCAUCUUUUACGAGGCUAUGGAGAUCAUGUCCUAAUAAUGGAGAAAUUUGUAAAACUGUGUCUGUCGAGGUUUCGAACGGGAGAUUGUCUACCAAUAACAAAAUUGAUUCUCCCGAUAGGGUUUCGGGGGAUGGGUGCUUGAGCCCUCCGAGCUUGGGGAAUUGGAGCUCACCUGAUGCAGGAAACCCCCAUAUAGCGAGGGGGAUGAAGGGUUGCAUUGAGUGGCCUCGUGCCAUACAAAAGAACAGCUUGAAAGCAAAGCUUUUAGAGGCGAGGACAGAGAGCCAGAAGAUUCAGCUGCGCCAUGCCCUCAAACAGAAGAUCUGACACCAUCUUUUGACUUGUGUCAAGAGCCCAACUUUUGAAUUGUAUCGACUUGGAAAAUGUUUGAUAAGAGAGGCCAUUUCAAGGGAAAUUUUGGGUUAUUUGGGCAGUCUGGUCACAAAAUCUAUGAAUCCUUGGGAAAAGGUUAUUGUAUUCUCAGAAAAGGUCUUAAAAUUUGUUGAAGCUGAAAUGGUUUUCUGCCAUUUUGACUUACUAUGUUCCUGUUACUUUCAUUCUUAAGUGAUGGGCAUUAAUAGGCCUCUUCCAGUCUCUUGUUAUCCUUUCACGAAUUUUGUAGAAAUGAGUUUACCUUGAGGUGGUGAGGACUAUAUCUCUGAUUACUGCUUCUCCUCAGGUACCAUGUUCUGCUUUUUAUUGUAUUAUGAUGAAUUAAAUUUCAGCUAUCAUAAAAAUCCUUCCAUUGUUUA